AUCCUUGUACAACAACACGACGCGCUUGUCACUUCCGGACUCAGAUUGCAAAGUGCCGUAUGAAGACUUAGAUUGGAGUCGUUUGCAGAGCUGUCUGAGUGUCUGAACACAGCGACGUUGAAAAUCAGCUGUAGCCUGCGCAAACAUUCACAGGUCAUUUAUUUUCCAGGAGUAGUCUGGAACUGUGAGCAUUUCAUUGCCAGGGUGUACGAGUUAAGUUCUCUGAAAGAAGGAAGGAAGAAAAAGAAGGGGACAGAAGAAAGGAGGGACCGACAGCAACGGGUGGAGUAAGACCUUUCUCACGCAACUCGUCUUUAUCCACAUUCUCUCCUCGCUGCUCUCCCGAGUCCUGACAGCUUCAGGAUGAAGCUAAAGGAGGACCUGAACCCCAUGCUGCUGCUCCUCUUCCACCUCAUGGUUUGGAUCUACACCUUCAUCAGCUUCCUGCCCUCCUACAUGCUCAGCUGGAUCUCCAGACCUGAAGGGGGCUUCUACGGCUCCGAGGAGGAGAGAGCGAAGAGAGUGAAGGCCCGCUCGUUGUUGGGACGUCCCGAGGGACCCUACCGAGCUGUGAGCGCCACCAAAAGGUUGGUGACGUCGCUGCACCCAGGAAUCGACACCCUGGAUAAGAUGUUUGAGCAUGCAGCCAUGAGGUUCCCACACAGAGACUGUCUAGGGACGAGGGAGGUGAUCAGCGAGGAAGACGAGCAACAGAGCAAUGGAAAGGUGUUCAAGAAGGUUGUUCUGGGUGAAUACCGCUGGCUGUCCUAUGAGGAUGUCCUCACGGCAGCGUCUCAGGUGGGCAGUGGUUUGGCAGCACUGGGUCAGCGGCCAAAACACAACAUCGCCGUCUUCUGUGAGACCCGAGCCGAAUGGAUCAUAGCUGCCCAGGCCUGCUUCAAGUACAACUUCCGAUUGGUCACCCUUUACUCUACACUGGGAGGUCCAGCCAUUGCUCACGGGCUGAAUGAAACUCAGGUCACCCAUAUCAUCACCAGCAGAGAGCUCCUGGAGACCAGACUCAAGGCUAUCCUAAUUGAAGUUCCAAGGCUGCAGCAUAUCAUUGUAGUGGACAGCACACCUACGUCAUGGCCUGGCUACCCACGAGGCAUCAGCGUCCACAACAUGGCCGCUGUUCAGAAGCUGGGAGCAAGGACUGAAAAUGCCACACGUGAGCAUAUGCAACCGCUGCCUUCAGAUAUUGCAGUCAUUAUGUACACCAGUGGCUCCACGGGCGUACCAAAGGGUGUCAUGAUUUCCCACAGCAACAUCAUUGCUGGUAUCACAGGAAUGGCCGAGCGGAUACCCAACCUGUGUGAGGAGGACACCUACAUUGGCUACCUGCCUCUUGCCCAUGUACUGGAGCUCAGUGCAGAGCUUGUAUGUGUUUCUUAUGGCUGUAGGAUUGGCUACUCUUCACCUCAGACUCUAGCUGACCAGUCAACAAAGAUCAAGAAAGGAAGCAAGGGAGACACCAGUGUCCUGCAGCCCACUCUGAUGGCAGCUGUCCCGGAGAUCAUGGAUCGUAUCUAUAAGAACGUGAUGACUAGAGUGGAGGACAUGAACUGUGUCCAGCGAACACUCUUCAUUCUGGCAUACAACUACAAACUGGAGCAGCUCGCCAAAGGAUACAACACACCUCUAUGUGACAAGCUUGUGUUUAAGAAAGUUCGUUCUCUGCUGGGAGGUCGGACACGAGUCUUGUUGUCAGGUGGAGCGCCACUCUCUGCUGCCACACAGCGCUUCAUGAAUGUGUGUUUCUGCUGCCCGGUGGGUCAGGGAUAUGGCCUGACAGAGACCUGUGGUGCUGGAACCAUUAGCGAGCUGUGGGAUUACAGCACUGGGAGAGUGGGAGGACCACUGGUUUGUUGUGAGAUCAAGCUCAAAGACUGGGUGGAGGGUGGUUACUGUAGCACCGACAAGCCACAUCCAAGAGGAGAGAUUCUGGUCGGUGGACCCAACGUAACCAUGGGAUACUACAAGAACGAGGCGAGAAACCAAGAAGAUUUCUUUGUAGAUGAGAACGGACAACGGUGGUUCUGUACAGGAGACAUCGGAGAGUUUCACAAAGACGGAUGUCUCAAGAUAAUUGAUCGUAAGAAAGAUUUGGUGAAGCUGCAGGCCGGAGAGUACGUGUCCCUGGGAAAGGUGGAAGCCAUGUUGAAAAACUGCCCUCUGGUCGACAACAUCUGUGUCUAUGCCAACAGUGAUGAGACAUACGUUAUUGGAUUUGUGGUGCCCAAUCAGAAGCAGUUGCUGGCACUGGCUGACCAGUACCAUAUCAGAGGCUCAUGGGAGGAGCUGUGCGACAGUGAGGCCAUGGAGGAGCUGGUCCUCAAGGUCAUCACUGAGACUGCUCUGGCAGCCCAGCUAGAGCGCUUUGAGAUCCCUCGCAAGAUCCGUCUGAGUCCAGACCCUUGGACUCCUGAGACAGGAUUAGUGACUGACGCGUUCAAGCUCAAACGCAAGGAGCUGAAAACGCAUUAUCAGGACGACAUUGAGAGAAUGUACGGUGGGAAAUGAGAAGGACCGGCACAGCAUUGGUUAUUCUCAAAGCACAGACCAGCACUUGACUCUAAACACUCCCAGAACCCCAUCACUACUCCCCAUAUCCUUCCUCAUGAGCCACUGUGAUCUGUGGUAAAUCUUACUGUGACGCUCCUCUCAGAGAAAGAAGGAUAAGCACAAGGUGUUACCAAGUGGCUUUUACACGAAUUUGUAAUGAAAAAGUUCUUUAAAAACAAAGUGUUGAGGAAAACACAAAGGACCCCUGUCCACUGCUGCCUUUUCCCUUUCUUCACCCAGAUGUAUGACCUCUGUAUGUCUUGUUCCACAAUGUGAGUUAUGAAACAGAUGGUGUGUCAGCUGGUGUUGUCUGUUGAACUCUGGUCUGGCAGGUUUGUUUCUUUGUGUUCACCCAGGAGACACUAAAUUGGUCAGAUACUCCUCUAAAUCUUCUCCUUAGUUCAUUUAGAUAACCUUCUGAACUUCUUUUAACUUAAGAGAAGUUAACUCCUGCAGGCCAGGAGAUGGUUAAUUCUUUUGUUUCUUUUUUCUUUUCUUUUUUGUUCACGUUUUGAGUUCUGUCAGUGGUUUAUUUUGUCUCCCACCCGCAGUUGGACUCUGACUCUCACAGUCAUGGGACGUCUCUCCCACAUCUUGAUAUCAAAAGCACAAAGUCAUCUGAGGGCAAAUGAGAGCAGGAGGGUAAGAUGCAAUAUUAUAUGUGGUCUGGCAGUUUGGAAGUUUUCAUUAUCAGUAGUGUUAUUUGAAAAGAAAAGAAUCAAAGAUGCACUAUUGUUUAGUUUAUUGUAUUUUCCUACAGUGAUACUUAUAUAUGUAUACUUUAUAAAUGCUGUACAGACCACACUGUGCACAUUUACAAAAAAGUGCACAUCUGCAAACGUAAUCAUUGUGAUGUUUGAUAAAUCAUAGUACAAUAUGAAAAUGUAUCAGUCCAAAUAAUGCAGUUGAUUACAGAUAUAAAUAAAGCUUCCACGUUGUGUGCUGGUUCUGAAAUGAGCACACUCUGAACGUGUGACUUGUGUGUGCGCGACAUUUGUUCUGCAGGACUGUCAUCACCAGCUUCAAGCCUCGUCACAUAUUUUUGUCCUCUGUACGAGUAUGACUAAGUGAAUGGCCCAUCAGGUCCAUACGCGGCACAAACACUCCCUGACCAUGUGACACCUGUUGCCUUCUCUAGUGAUUCUGAGUCACACCUCUCUAAUUGCUGACUGAUUUUGGAUUUGAUGUGUACGUAUAUGUAUGUGGAGCCACGAUCAGCAGAGGAAGCACACGUAUAGCAUCUAUUUUAACUCUCUGUAUCAAGAGCCUGCCUUGUAACAUAGGUGCAUCCAGCUAUUUAUUUGUAAUUUGCCUUUGGAGAAAUACUCAAAUGACGUAAAUAAAGAUUGUGUUUGGUCUA